AUGGGCAUGUCACGUGCAGGCUCCUGGGUUGUUCCUUCCCAACGUGGACCUCGGGACCGGCAGCCUUCAGGCGUCAACUCCACUUCCGUCCUCACGGUUCUUUCUCUCCUUUCUCUUUCUUCGCAAGUGCUCGGCUUCAUCCACUUGCAACGCCCAGCCCUCGAGCUCUCGCCAUUCGAGUCUGACUUUAAGAGUUCCCGCUUCACUUUUCGCGACAGGAAAUCAUCCACUGCCGGCAUGAAGCGCCGUCGUACUGCCUCCGAACAAUCUUCUGGCAUUGCGAAAGUUCGAAAACCAGAGCAGUCAUCGCCGUUCCUCGGCGCCUCCCCCAUCUUCUCUGGGGGCAGUUCCACCUCAGACAUAUCUACGUCAGAGCCAAGGAUCAGUGCAGAGAAGGCAAGCAAUUUGGUUGACUUGACGGUGGAAAAUGCUACUCCAUCGAAUUCUUUCAACUACUCAGUUGUAAUCUCCAAAGACGCCGAUGCUGGGGCGAAGGGUGCGCCAAAUGACCCGCCUUGUUGUGCUCCCGUUACUGCUCCUAUCGAGCCUGGGCUAAGCACACGCAACAACCUUGGCCUACCCGACAUCUUCGACAAGUUUAUCGCAUGGAUGUACUAUGGUUCAUACUCAGAUCCUUGGUGGUCGAGAGGGUCCGUGUUGUCAACGAGGGAUAACAUUGACGCCUGGAUCAUGGGAGACAAGUUACUCGCCGUGCCUUUCAAGAACUACGCCAUGGGGAAGCUAUAUGGGACGUGGACCGCCGAUAGUCCGAUACGUCUUGAUACUGCAACGUUGCAGGUUGUUCUGGAUGGAACGAUGCCCGGGUCGAAGUUACGUCUCUUUUUUCUCGAUGCCUUCACGACCUUGUAUUCGAAUCCAGACCGGCUAGAUGGCGAUACCGAAGACUGGGAUGAGAUUCUCUUGAACCAUGAUGAUGCUAGGAAACUCCUUCUAGAAUCCUACAGCGCAAGGCGAACGGUGAAAACCUUCAUCAAAGCCAAGGAUAUCUAUAUGGAAAAAUGAGGUGGACACAAGAACAACAACGCUAUACCUGGACUGUCACUAUCCACACUACGGAUCUCUGAGAGAUGGGUGUACCCGUAUGCCAUAAAGCAUGAAUCGUGGAUGCGAGCCAUGCAUUGAGGAACUAUACCAUAUACAGCAUAUCUAUAUGUCUGGACCCCAGCUUCAGCACUGCGAGUCGUUUCUUUCCCAGAUAGCUAUAACUCAAAUACAUUUCAGCCGAGUGGGUACAUCAGAUCUCAAUAGUCAUUCGCAAAUUCCCCCCAAAUAUCUAGCGGCAAGGUGGCAGAAACUUGGACAGCCGACGACAAAGCCAAGAUAGGCACCAAGUAUGAGCCCAUUUCCGUAUAAAUUCUCACAGACGCCCCAAAGCCAAAGAGGUAUCACCGUCCCCUAAAUAAUAUGGUAUCACGUCAUCC